GGAAUAAUAGCAUAAUCUGCCAUUUUGUUAUGAUUAGGGAGAUAAAAGACAAGGAAAAAACCCCAAUAAAGUUUUUGUUUGAAGGGUUGUAAACAAGAAAGCCAACGUGGUUCAUCAACGAUCGCAAUUCGCAUGACUGCCAACGGGCAUAACGAACGCGCAGCUACAGCCAGAGACGGAGAGUCCACCAUGGAAAUGAGAUUGGUGGUGCCACCAUAAGUACGGAACGACCUGCGAAUCCUUUCCUAGCAAGGAAAAAACCUCCAUGGCAAUGGCUGCUGCAAUCACUCCUUCGUUUUCUUCUUCCUCUCGUCUUCGCCAAGCUCUGCCGGUAAAGAACCCUCCACUCUCUCGCAAUUUCCAUCUUCCGCAGUCGUUUCGCCCCCGUCGCCGGCUUCCCUCCAUCACCACCACAAUUCGAGCCGUCGCCGUCGAACAGAAAUUGCCGUGGGGAAAUUGUGCUGUUUGAUAGGCUGUUGGCAAAAUUCAUGACUCUCAAAUCUGAAUCUGAAAUCUCUGAGGGCCAUGUCUCAAGUUUUCUGACACAAUUGCUGAUGGCUAGCAAGAAGGGAAUUCAAUCUCACUUCAUGUGUGGAUAGGGUAGCAGGCUGAUAUAUUGUCAUUUCAGAAUAUGAUGAAGUAACAGUUGAUUCCAUAUGGGAUGCAGUGUGUUUGUUUUGUUUGAUUGUUGCUGGGAUAAAGUAAGAACUUCUGAUUUUGCACUUCCCAGGACUCAAGAGCACAGCUUGGUAAGAAUGAGUAUGUUGACCUAUUCGCCUGUCCAGUGUGUUAUGAACCUCUGAUAAGAAAGGGCCCUUCUGGUUUUAACUUGGCAGCAAUCUACCGUUCAGGCUUCAAGUGUACAACAUGCAACAAAACAUAUUCUAGCAAAGACAACUACCUCGAUCUUACAGUUACUGCUGGGAUGAAGACUUACAAUGAAGCCAUGCCGAUAGGGACUGAGCUUUUCCGGAGUCCUCUUAUUUCAUUCUUGUAUGAGCGCGGAUGGCGUCAGAAUUUUAGCCGUAGUGGCUUUCCCGGUCCAGAUGAAGAGUUCAGAAUGGCUCAAGAGUACUUCAAACCAGCAGAAGGCGGCCUUCUAGUCGACGUCAGCUGUGGCAGUGGUUUGUUUUCCAGGAAGUUUGCCAAAUCUGGAACCUACUCUGAAGUUGUUGCACUUGAUUUUUCUGAGAACAUGCUUCGUCAGUGUUAUGAUUUCAUAAAGGCAGAUGGCACCAUCUCAGAAGAGAAUCUGGCACUGGUGAGAGCAGAUGUUUCAAGGCUCCCAUUCGCCUCAGGUUCAGUCGAUGCUGUCCAUGCUGGUGCUGCCUUGCACUGCUGGCCUGCUCCUUCCAAUGCUAUUUCUGAAAUAUGUCGUGUAUUGAGAAGCGGUGGAGUCUUUGUUGGAACUACUUUUCUUCGUUACUCUUCAUCAAUGCCAGCAAUAGCACGGCCUCUCAGACAGCAAUUUAUGGCGAGAAGUAAUUACUACAUAGAAGAGGAAAUUGAGGACUUGUGCAUGUCCUGUGGUCUUACAAACUACACCAAGAAUGUUCAACGAUCCUUCAUCAUGUUCUCAGCUCAGAAGCCCUGAUUCCAGGUUUCGGUCCCCUCUCAUACCGUCAUUACCAUUCACUGUAUAGACAUCUCAAAUGAACAAAAGGCUGAAAUAGGCAGAAACCAGAAGACAUACACAAACAUUGCAACUGUACAAGUAAUCAUUGAUGACAGUCUAUGACUUUGUCACACCAUGUUUCCUUCAAAUUUCUUUUUGACUGUCAUCGACACCCAGCCUUCUGCAACAAACCAAAUUUCAGAGGGUGAGAAAUAAUCAUUCUAAUCAUAUGUCUCCAGAUACCUGUGGGCGGCUAAUAGGGGGUAGCCAAAGCUUUCAACUAAGAAUCAACUGGAUUGUUCUUCCAUUUCUUUUAUCUUUAACACUCUUGUGGCUGAGAUUCAUCAGUGAAAACAACCAUGUUCUGCAAAAUUGAGAUUGCUGCAAAUUCACAUUGGCAAGAGCUCCCCUACCCACAUGAUCUGCAGAAGGAUACAAUAUACCAUUUUGUUUUUCUGACACACAGCAGAUUGGUGGGUAUGGAGAAGUAAAAGGAAAGAGAGCCCACGUAUGGCCAUGAGUGAAUGAGUAAGGAAAAGGGUUUUGGGAUCCCCUCGUGCGGCUCACAAGCUGACUCAUCCCUCUAGCCUCCAUGUUUGUUCUCUUCUGUAGGAAAAAAAAUUAGACCCAUCAAUUGGUUCUUUUGGUUUGUUUUUGUUUAUGGAUCUUUGACUGUUGACCAAAACGAUGCAGAAGGGGGAAAAAAUGGAACAUUACAGUUCAUAAUAGGAGGAAUAUUGGCGAGCCCAAGGCACCACCACCACCUCCUUUCUACUCGUCCUUUGGCUUUAGAUUGUGGUUAAAUUUUGGAACUUUGAAAAGUUUUUGAGUGUGGCAGCCUGAAGCUGCUGCAGUGGAGGCAUUGGAUCCUCUGCACGUGACCUUCCUCUUCAUCUUCUUCAUCCUCAUCCUUUGUUAAAGAAACUGAUAAUUAGUAUGGCGUCUGGUGCGAGUAUGUGUACUACGAGUAGUAUUAUGUUAUACUAUGCGUACUAGUAUAUAAUUGGGUUUGAUUUCCCAACACGUUUGAACAUUUCUCACACGCGAUUGAAU